UGGAGCACAACAAGGAGCACUGCAGCUGCAAGUAACGGGAUUUGAUUUUUACUUCGAGCCUUUGUCACAGGUUUAUCUGCAGAGUCUGGAGCACCGCAGGUGUUUGGGGGACACUGGAGCUCACACUGGAGCUCGAUGGUGGACUGUGGCGAGAUUUGAUUUUACUGUUGAAGCUGCGACUGGAAACAAUGUAAAGUCGUCUCGCGGAUAUUUCAGUUUCUAUCGGGGGGAAGCAGCAACAAUUGAGAAACAACAACAGCUUCACCAUCUCCAUGUAACCUACAGGUUUUUAGAGAAAAAAAGUUGUCACAGUGGCAGAAGAUGUUUUUCGUUUCCUGUUUCCCCCACAACGACAGACCUGACGAACUUGAAUCGAUCAUCUAUACACUUAUAUAAAACAUGUCUGAUCACGCAGACAUUCUGGUGUCACCGAGGGUUUUACGAGACUGGUGCCGCGUCACAUGCGCCACUUACCCCACUGUGAAAAUAAAGAACAUGUCAACGUCAUUCAGAGAUGGACUUGCAUUCUGUGCCAUCAUCCACAAACACCGACCCGACCUGAUAGAUUUUAGCUCCCUCUCCGAAGAUAAUGUUUAUCAAAAUAACAACCUGGCAUUUCAGGUUGCACAAACAAAGCUGGGCAUCCCUGCACUGUUGGACCCAAAGGAAAUGGUUUCCUGCGAGGUGCCUGAUUGUCUGAGCAUCAUCACCUACCUUUCACACUUCUACUGUGUCUUCUUCAGCAGGAAGUCUCCAUGUGCAGGCUUUGUUGCUUUGACAAGGAGUACAAGCUCUGAUGGUUCCAAACCCCUGAAGAGUUUGACUCACCUAGAAACAGAUCACUUGUCCAACACCAGGCCACAGACGGUGUGUGCCUUGUGUUUGAAGCCUGUCCACCUCAUACAGAGACAUUUGGUUGACGGAAAGGUCUACCAUUGCAGCUGUUUCAGGUGCAAAGUGUGCCACAACACUCUCUUACCAGAGUUUUACAAAUGGGGAAGUGACGUUGGCUCCCUGAUCUGCACUUUCCAUAAAAAAGACAUUGAAAAUACUCAUGUUGACCACAAUCAGCAGAUUAGAUCAACUGAGAAUCAUCCCAGAUGUAACUUUCAGGCAGGUAACGUAUUAUCUCUCAGUGGCCUGGUAAUCACCAGUGUCCCUCAUUACACUAAGAAAACAGAGUCACAGGACAGACCGGUUUAUAAAACACCAGAGAUGGAGGGAAAGGAAAAGCAGAAGAGGAUCAGUGAUGAGAAAAGCAGUGAAAACAGAGACUCAACUGCAGAGCUGAAGACUGAGUUAACAAAACCAGCACCUCCUGAUAGUCUCCUUCCAAGUGAUAAAGACAGGACAGACAAAGGGUCUGGAAAAGCUGGAUCUGCACCUAUUUUGGAAGACGGCAGGAUACAAGAGGACAUUCUAAAGAAUCACCCGCCCUCUUCAUCAUGUGUACAAGGGACAGAAGGAGGUGGUCGUGUUGUUCCAGCACCUAGAAAAAAGUCUGAGUCUUCUUCUGUGUUCCCUGUUCCUGCACCCAAGACCAAAACAUUCAAGGCAACAAGUGGCUCAGCUGUUGCAGGUAAUCCAUCCAAUCAAAGAAAGUCUUCACUCUGUUCAUCUUGUGUCACCAGCCCAACUGUGGGCGUCCCUAAAGUGCAAAUCAACCAUCCAUGGAAGACCAUCAUUCAUCCUGGACCAUGGACACAGCUGCCUCCCGCUCCUGCCCCAGUACCCGCUCCCCGAACCAAAUUUGUCUCUAAAAUGCGGGAGUCCCAGUCCAGACCCAGAAUGGUUGGUCCUAAUCCAUUUGACGAGCACAUGCAUGAGGACACACAGGGGGAGGCUGAGUCAAAAACCCAAACCAUGUCCUCAGUGGGAGCCGGUCUUACAGAGGACAGCAGUAGAGAUACCACUGAUUCAGGUGAUGCUAAAAAUACUGAUAUUAAAUCCAAUGACAAUCACGUAAAUCCAUUGGAUGAAGCCAUUCCAACGAAGAGAUCAGAUUACAAAGAGGCUGGAGCUGCAAUAUCUGCCCGUUCAGAGGGAGUGACUGCAGUUUCUAACACAGUGGAGACUCCCAGUGAACACACAAGUCAAAUCAGUUCACCUUUUAUAGACGAAAAUAGAGUCACAAGAGGCUCACAUGUUACUGAAGAUGAAGAACAAAGUCACUGUUUACCCAGAAGUGUCUCUGUGCCAGUCAUCCCGUCUGCCCACUCGCAUGGUUCCUCGGUGCCAGUUGGUCCCACAGGGGAACAUGAAUCUGUCGCAUCUUGCCAAAGUAAGUUGGCCUACAGAGAGAAUCCUUUUGAUCGAAAACCCUCAAUGACAAAAUCCAAGACUUUCCAGGCUCCUCCCUCUAGACGGACAUCUGCCCCUGGACACGGCUUCCCAAUCAUCAAGAGGAAGGUGAAGACAGAUGAGUGUGUUUCUAUAGAGGACCUACGGACAGAGAUGAGACAAUUGGAAGAAAGGCUGGACGCACUGCAAGACAGAGGAGUUGAACUAGAGACGAAUCUGCGAGACUGCAAGGAUGCCAAAAAGGAGGAACGGAUGCUGAUGGAGUGGUUCUCUGUCCUGCAUGACAAACAAGUUCUGGUGCGCAGAGAUGCAGAGCUGGUUCAUUUAACAAACCAGCAGAAGUUGGAGGAGAGGCAGACAGAUGUGGAGUAUGAGCUCAGGUGUCUCCUGAAUAAACCAGAGAAGGACUGGAGUGAGGAGGAUCGAAGUCGAGAACAACAGCUGAUGGACGAGCUGGUCGCCAUCAUCGAACAGAGAAAUCAGAUCAUUAGCAGCUUGGAACAGGACAGACAGAGGGAAAGAGAAGAAGAUGGGCUCUCGGAAGCCUUCAUGAAGAACAAAGAGUUCCAGAAAGAAGGACUGAAAGAGCUCAAGAAGUCAAAAAAAAAGUUAAAGCCCACUCACGUUUUUAAGAUGCUGAACCAUAAAGCUGACACCAUCAAGUCCUCCAUGGGCAAAAAGAGCUAAUGUACUCACACCACCACCUAGAAAAGAAAGUCGUCUGUGUUUUUAGAUUAUAAAUGUUAAUUUGUCAUUUAUACCAUAACAUGAUCAAACUAGAGAGAAGAGUAGCAUAAACAGACAAAAUGAAAUAUAAUUUAAUCUGUGCUAAGGAUCGGUUUACAUUUUAUCUGCCAUAUUUCUCACUUUACUUUUUAUCUGCUGCAUGCAGACAAUAUUUGUGUUUUCUUGUACUUGUAAGCAUUGCACUAUGCAAUAAAUAUUUAU